AUGUGGGCGCCAGAGAACGUUCGUCUGGUCACAUUCGGACAGCCGCGAACUGGUGACUACGAUUUCGCUUCUUGGCACGAUGCUACGUUCCCUUACGCAUACCGUGUCAUUCACCAUCGUGAUCCUGUGCCUCAUAUCCCGCCAAGGCUUGGGCCUGACAGAGUGUUCCAUCAUCGAUACGAAGUUUGGUAUAACAACAAUAUGGCAGUUGGGCAGCCGUAUACGAUGUGUGAAGAAGCUGAUGGUGAUUACUGUAGCAAUACUGUAAUAAGUGCAGAAUCAUGGGAACACAUGUGGUAUUUCAAUCGGAAUAUUGGCGAAUGGGGCGUGCAAGGGAUGUUCCAUAAGAAAGAAAAUUCAUUUUUUCGUGAACAUUACGAUAGCAGAAUGCCUCAAUAA